ACAGCAAAUAAAUGACAUUUAAUUCCCUGGUAGCCCUGCACUGUAGUAACGGGCACCAGUUCAUAGUAUAGCGGUAUUUAAAUGCCAUGUACGUAAAGUUUUCUUAAAAUUACGGGCUAUUAAUCUUUACAAAAUCAAACGAUGCUUGCUGCUCAGGGGAAUUUGGAUAGCAGCCUCACAAAGCGAGAUGUGAGGAGAAUGAAAAAGAAUCGCACUUCGACCCCAGAAGAUGGAGGUUCUGUGCAGAACUUGGGAGGGGCAGCCGUCAUUCCUCCUAUAAGUCCCAGGCGUUAUAAGGUCUACACCUAUGAUGGCACUUUGGACAAAAAUGCUAAAAAACCUGCCCAGCUUGACGUUACCGGUAGUAGCGAGGUGUCCAAACCGUACAAACCGCGCCAGAAACGCGGUCCCGGUUCUGACGGGUCGACCGAGAGCUCAGAGAAGAUGUCCUGGGUGACGUAUGGAAGUCCUUUAUGGCGCAAGGAUAAGGUUCCGACCACCAUUAAACCACUUCCGGCAAUCAACGUUCAGAAAAAGCUUGAAAAAGGAUUUAUAAACGACGCCGUCAGUACUUUCAUGUUCCACACAGCACGGAAACGGUCGAUAAUCCCACCGUACAAUGCCGAACAGGAUAAAUUUGCGCAGGCGUACUUCCAGUCCCCCAUCGCUAAGGCCGUCCUCGAACGAUCUAUGGAAAGAGUGCUGACUGUCAGGGAUGCUGAGGCACAGAGAAUAAACAAAAUCAACAAACUGAGUUUUAGAAGGCGUGCCAAGGAAUCACCAACGGUGGAGAAGAUACGCGAACGUGAAAAGGACUUUCGCAACGACGCCAUUAUCACUGAAAAGUUAAGGACUAAGUAUAAGGACAUUAUACCAAAAUACGACGCCUCAGUGGAUAAAAGCUGUAAAGGAUACUUCAAACGACCAGACGUGCAGAGACUUAUUACGGCCACGUGCUACAAAAAAUAACGGGAAAGUUAAUCCAACUCUCCUUUAAAAUAUAUAUAAAUAUAUUUCUGCUGUAUUUAUGAAGGAAUCCGAUAUGGUAACGCCUUCUUGUGGUUGCUGACUGGCUCCUCGUUGACUCAUGAUAACAACAGAUCAUACAUGUUAACAAUAUAUAUAUAAGUACCCAGAUUACUUACGUUUUGCGUGGUAUAUAUUUUCGCGUACAUUAGCGUGAUCUCGAUCAAUUAUUCAUAUAUAUCGUAAACACAUAAUCAUUAAGGAUCCCUGUCCCACUGCAGACAAAGCAAUACAGACAUUCGGAAGUUUGUCAUAUACAAAGUUUCUUCCCCUUAAUAUCGUGUUUUGGUUAUUCUUUAGUCGGACUGUGCCGAGGAACCGGUUAGAAUGACUGUAGUUUGAUCGUAGGCUCAGAGUUUGAUUCACGGUCUUGACCCUUUUUAUUUUUACUCUCUGAACACUGUUUUGUAUUUUUUUAAAUCGAAUUUCGUCUACAUUCAUUUUUUCAUAAACAUUUCGAAAUAAAUGUUUCUGGUUUUGGCAAUGUGACAGGGAAUUUUAAGUCUUCCUUAGCGAAUAUAUCGGAAACGUUAAUUUGAGUAAUCACGCGUACGCAAAUACACGGUAUCAUCAGUAUUGGAAACUAGGUUAUCUAUCCUUCGAUCCAGUGCGUUCGUAAUGUACUCAAAAGAUUAAGGAUCCUUGUCCCACUGCGACCUCCACUACAUAUUUUUCCGUAUGUAAAGUAGCCUCCCCUUAGUUUCGGUUUGGAUAUUACUAUAGCGCGAACCUUCGGUUGCUUAGAGCGACAGUACAACAAUAUGAGGUCAAAGGUUAAAUUCCUAGUCUAACACAGCUGAUUUUGUACAUUCGGAAUACUGUUGUUGAUUUUAUUUUUGCUGAUGUACUUUUUUUUAAUAAAAAUCCUGCAAUGUAUAUUUUUUUUCUUCAGAAAUGAUUAUUAAAAGCUAUAUUCACGCCGGAAAACAAACAGUUUUUAAUGUGCAGGUACCGUUUUUGUCGGUAUUUUUGGCAUCAAUAAUCUGAUCACCUUUGGGAGACUCCCAAAGGAUGGAUUUCACGUAAUGGACAAGUAUUUGUGAGUUUUGUGUAUCGAAAAACAAUAUGUCUGAACGACAGAUAUGAAAAAGCUUCCUAAUUAGGGCGGUGGAUAUGUCUAUUGGUUUAAAGAUAGAUGAACUAUCGACAUAAUUAUACAAAUAUAUCGUUACUGUUCCAUCCCUACCUGUCCUAUGUGUACAGCACAUCAUCCUUUAGGUUGUUUUGGUGUUGAUGGUGAUACAAAUUAUGUUAUCAUAACAUGUAGAUAAUGCACUGCUUAUAUGUAUACUUUGUAAGUUGUUACAUUUAAGUUUGAUAGAUGUUGUUUUUAUAAGUCAAACUGGAUGUAUUACAAUGGAAUUUUCAGGAAGAGUAUUGGAAUGAUUUUCAGACAUUCAACAUAUUGCUGGUAUUUUAUACAUUAUUUUGGUACGGUUAACUUGAAAUACCGUUAUAAAAAUGAUGUUUUUUUUAUCUAUAUUCAAUGCGUAACGUUAUAAAGGGUUCUAUGGUCCUUUUUUCUCAUGUUGUUGCAUGUAUUUUAUAAUAUAAGAUAGAACACUUAAAACUGGAUUAUAAUUCGUUUAAUCUUCUGUGAAACUGAUGCGUCCUAAGUGGCCAUUUGAUGCAGUAAAUAAUCACUUUGUGUGGCUUUCUGCAUGCAGACAAUAACUAUUUUUUAUGAUAAUCUAAUAUAACAGUUCAAAGUUUUAUAAUUGAUAAAACAGUUAAAAUACAUCUGUUCUGGUAUUCAGAAUAUCCAUUAAACUAACAAAUAUGUCAUUCGGUUGGGCAAAGUUUUAAAUUAUCAAUUUGGUUUGAUUUGUUAUAUAUGCAGAAAAGAUACUCAAUUUAAUAACGUAGUAAAAAAUACCGGUUCAAACUUUAUUCUCUCGAUUUAGAAAUCCGUUAUAUGUUUCUUCCAUUUAGGACGCGUCAGUAUAAAAUACAUGUCUGAUGUAUUAAGACUCGUCAGUAUAAAAUACAUGUCUGAUGUAUUCCUAAGCAUGUUGUGUUACAACCAAAUGAAAAUGUACAUAUGUAACCCUGAACAAAAAAUAUAAAUUUUCAAACUGGUAUUCCUUCCAUGUAUACUAAACCAGACCUAACGCCAGCAUUGGUACUACUGGGACUAUUACCAGUGUUGCUUUACAGUUUUUAUAAUAAAUAAUUUAGGUAAUACAGGUUUAAUUGCAUUCAACUUUCGACUUAUUUACUUAGGAUUUACUGUGUACAGUUUAGGUUUUUCUUACUCUCGACUCGAUUACUUUAAAUCGCAAUUAUAAUUAAAACAAUAAUGCUUAAUACACAACGAUGAUGGAACCAAGAAUGACAGUGAGUUUGCCCUGUUACUGUCUAAAUAUAAUACCACUGGUUAGCAAACACAGUUAAAGUAUUUGAACGUUAAUUAUGUUUUCAGUAGUAGAUUUCCCAUUAGCAUUAGGUAUCCAUGUCGUUUGGAAUUCAAACUUAUUAUCGAUAUGUAACAGGAACAAAUUCAAAUUUACUUAGAAUUUAAACAGAUAUGUAGAAAUGUCGCCUUUAUUGGAAUUUACAACAAAAUUCAUUUCAUAACAGCAGGCACUGGGACGGUAUUCUAUGUAUGAUCUGUACGAAGUAGUGGCUAAUUAUGCUCGUCCUGUAGAUUAUGUGUGGAAGUUGGUAACAACAACAGCAGGUACUGGGACGGUAUUCUAUGUAUGAUCUGUACGAAGAAGUCGCUAAUUAUGUUUGUCCUGUAGAUUAUGUGUGGAAGUUGGUAACAAUAACAGCAGGCACUGGGACGGGAUUCUAUGUAUGAUCUGUACGAAGUAAUGGCUAAUUAUGCUUGUCCUGUAGAUUAUGUGUGGAAGUUGGUAACAACAACAGCAGGUACUGGGACGGUAUUCUAUGUAUGAUCUGUACGAAGAAGUCGCUAAUUAUGUUUGUCCUGUAGAUUAUGUGUGG